CCUUUAUUUGCAAAUGUGCAAAACACUCUACAAACUAAUAUCAUAUCCCCUCUCCGUCCCUAAAAUCGCCGCACUUAUUUUUAAAAAUUUAUUUGAAAAGAUGGGAAGUAAUUUUGUAGAAGUGAAAGAAACCACAGUUAUUACCCCAGCAGAGCCUACCCCAAACUGCAUUCUUUCUCUCUCAACCCUUGAUUCUCAGUUCUUCAUACGCUUCCCUAUUGAAUAUUUGUUGAUCUACAAUCCUGUCCCUGGAAUUGAUCGCAAGCAAUUCAGUACUCGUGUUAAGUCUGCUUUAGGUCAAGCCUUGGUACAAUUCUAUCCUCUAGCGGGUCGGGUCCAAGAAAGUGGUGAAGGGUCGACCCUUCAGAUCGUGUGCCAGGCCCAAGGUGUUGUGUUUGUAGAGGCUGUUUCCGGGUAUAAAGGGCCCGACUUUGAGGAAGCCCCACGCUACGUGAUGGAGUGGCGAAGCCUCUUAUGCCCACACGUGGACGACGUUUUGAAGGGGGACCCACCCCUUGUUGUUCAACUCACGUGGCUUGAUGACGGGGCGGUGGCGAUUGGGUUUGGGUUUAUCCAUUGUGUGUGCGACGGGAUUGGGAGCGUUGAGUUCAUCAACUUGUUCGCUGAGUUAACUCGUGGGGAAUCUGUUAGUGGGCCGAAGCCUGUUUGGGAUCGUCACUUGCUUAACUCGUCCCCUUCUAGUGAGCCCAAAAAGAUUGUUUGUGUUAACUCAAUGAGUCAUCCCGAAUUUAGCCGAGUUCAGGAUUGUUGUGAGUUCUUAGCUAGAUUCUCUAGUGAGACAUUGGUCCCGACUUCAAGGGUCUUUGUUAAGGUUCAGAUUGAUCAACUCAAACAACAAGCUAACCGACACAAUAGGUCAACAAAAUAUACAUCGUUUGAGGUUGUUUCGGCCCAUAUUUGGAGAUGUUGGGCCAAAUCGUUAAACAUGCCAUCAAAUCAAGUCCUAAGGCUCUUUUUUAGUGUCAAUUUCCGAAACCGGAUAGAACCGGGUUUACCCGAUGGGUUUUAUGGAAAUGCGAUUGCACUAGCUUGUGCGCAAACCACGGUUGAAGACUUAACCGAGAAGGAUUUAGGCUAUGCUUCAGAUUUAAUAAAAAACGCAAAAGAAAGGGUGGAUGGUAAUUAUGUAAAAGAAGUGAUCGAGUUGGUGAAUGAGAAUCGGUUGAGUCCUGACUCAGUAGGGGUGUUGAAUUUCACCCAAUGGUCAAGGAUUGGGCUGGAAAGGGUUGACUUUGGGCUUGGAAAACCGGCCCAUGUAUUGUGCACUUGUACUGGUAAUUGUUGUAUGUUAUUGCCAGUUCAUAAUCAAAGCCAGGCAAUAAGGGCGAUGUUAGCUGUCCCUACCAGUGCAGUUGAGAUGUAUCAUCAUUUAUUAACAAAACUCAUUAAUUAGUUGAUGAGGUAUUGAUCUAUUAGAUGGAGAGCUUGUAUUGAUAGGUUAUGAGUUUGAAUCUUUCUCCCUAUUUACAACAAUUUGUAUUAACGUUAUGGUGCUCGUGUGUGGGUUUUUUUUUUUUUUUUUUUUUUUUAAUAUAAUUAAAGUUUGG